AUGCUCAGGCAGACUAUCGGCACCGCUCUCAGAACUGUCGCCCGGACAGCUCCCUCCCGCCUCGCUUCUUUCACUCCCCGAACUGCUAUGGCAACGGGUAUCUUGAACAACAGCAGGGCAGCAUCAAUUGCAGGAGCCAGGAGCUUCCACACCACAUACACCACCUCAACCACCGCUACCGCAUCUUUGUCCACCUCAGACUCCCUCCCAACAGUCAACUUGAAGGACAACACAACCAUCGAGAUCCAAUCACCUCCCGAGUCCAAAUACCACCGCUCUCAUCCAACAAAACUCAACACCCUUUGGCUCCGCGAUAACUGCCCCUGCCCCGAAUGCAUCCACCCCUCCACCCGUCAAAAGCUCCACGCUUCUACACAGGUCCCUCUCGAUAUCGGGGUUACUUCUUAUAAGGGUACGCCGGAGGGGUUGGAGGUUGUGUGGUCGAAAGGGUUGGAGGAUGUGGGCGAUUGGGAGGCGCCAGAAAAGUCGCAGCCGGGGCAUAAGUCUGUCUACCCUUGGGAGAUGGUCUUGGGUGCUUAUGGUGGGACCCCCUCGGAGCACCGCGUCGAGUCGAGGAUGAACCAUGCCCCGAUCCUGUGGGACGCUGAGCUCAUGAAGUCCAAAGUCCUCUGGUUGGAUUACAACGAGUACAUGAACACACCGGAGGGAUUGUUGAAGGGAUUGAAGCAUUUGCAGGAUUAUGGACUGUUUUUCCUGGAGGGAGUUCCGACAGAGGAUCAGGAGGUUGGCAAUGCUGCAGAGAGGAUUGGACAUUUGAGACAUACUUUCUAUGGACGGACUUGGGAUGUCAAGUCGGUGCCGGAUGCGAAGAAUGUUGCGUAUACGAACUUGAAUUUGGGACUUCAUAUGGAUCUCCUUUACAUGGAAGCGCCCCCAGGCCUGCAACUUCUCCACAGCCUCGAAAACAGUGUCCCCGGCGGCACAUCGAUCUUCAUGGACUCUUUCAAAGCCGUCUCUCUCCUCAAAGAAAACCACCCAGCCGAUUAUGAAAUCCUCCUCAAAACACCAACGACCUUCCACUACAAGAACGACGCCCACCACCUCCACUACAACCGGCCCACCAUCGUCCUCGACCCUCUCAACGACGCUCUCACCGUCAACUACGCUCCUCCCUUCCAGGGACCCCUCGAGUUACCAGCAGAGGAGGUGAGCGCGUUUUAUGGGGCCUUGAAGAAGUUUGCGGGGACUAGUGUUCAGGCAAAGGCGGAGGGCCUGUUCUGA